AUGAAUGGAACAGUUGUCAUCACCGGAGCUAAUGGCUCCCUGGCCCUUGGAUUUGUCGAAUCUUUCUUAUUCGAAUACCCUCAGCAUACCUUGAUAGCCACCGUUCGAAACCAGUCUCCAGAAAAAGACCCUAACACCGCCAAGCUUCUACGCCUGGUUGACAAGUACCCGAAAGCCAAUUUUCACUUGGAAGCUCUUGACCUCGGCCGUCUAGCUACCGUUAGGUCCUUUGCUGAGAAGCUAUCAGCCCGGGUUGCCUCAAAGGAGCUUCCUCGGAUCACAGCGAUUGUCUGUAAUGCCUGCGCAUGGUCGCUCGAGUCGGGGCAGAAGUUUACGUUGGAUAAUUACGAGGCUACCUUCCAAGUCUGUCACCUAUCUCAUUACUUGUUGGUCCUGAAGCUGCUCGGUAGCAUGGAUACCACAUCCGGACGUAUAGUCAUGCUCGGAUCCAUCACUCAUUACGCCGAUAAACCGAACCCCUUGUCUUCGCUUGGACCAUGCUUCCCUGACAAAUUUGAAGAACUGGUCAAGCCAACGUUAGACCCUACGAAUCUUGUCCAUGAUCGUGGAUUCCAGAGAUACGCGACAGCUAAACUUGCAAACGUGACGUUUGCAAAUGACCUCAACGAGCGACUCCAGAAAGAUCCCAAUCUGUCACACAUUACCGUAACGGCCAUGGACCCCGGUGGUCUUCCUUCGUCAAGAGCUCAAGCGGGGCAGAAGAAAUCUACCAGGGCUCUGAUGGGAACAAUAAACUUUCUCAUGCCGGUCCUCAAACAUUGUACUACAGUAUUCCGCACUACGGAGGAUGCUGGUCGCGACCUGGCCGCUGUGAGCGCUGAUCCCGCAUUUAGGGGGAAAAGGGGAUACUAUGUCGGCCAAAAUAUAGGCUCUGCAGCGCCAGUUAGCCAAGAUCCUGACAUGCAGAAGAAGCUCUGGGAGUGCUGCUGGGGGUGGGCAGGCCUAACACCCGCGGAGACUGUUCUUCAAAAUACCCUAUAA